UCGAACUGGCAACCUUCCGAUUACAAGACAAACUGCCAACUCUUGAGCCAAGGUCGCCCACGAUUUUUAAUGGAAUCUUGUUUCUUUUUCUAUUGUUUUUGUCUGCUGAAUGUGUUCCUGUGAAUGUUCUUGCUAUUAAUGUAACUUGUUCUUUUUUCUGUUUGUUUAACCUUUUCAAAUAAACCCAGAUGAUAUGACAGAUUGGAGGCUAAACAAAAAGGUGCUUCGUACUAUGGAAUAAUGCAAAUGUUGCUGCCACUGUCUCUAAGACAAAGGUUAUUCUUUGCAGUACAGUGGCAUUUUCUGCAGAGCUGAUUUCCUUCGCUCUCAUGUGGGUGUUUAGUAACAUAAGCAUAAAAAAGGGGUUUUCCUUCAGGACUUACUGUUCUCACACCAAUCUGAAAUUAAACAUGUAACCGACAGAUUCAAGUAUGACUACAAGGCUGAGCAUAUUGCUCAACAGCAUUCCGCAGCACAGCGUGAAAUCCAGGCAAAAGGUUGACCAGCGCCUGACAAGCAGUGUAAAUGGCUGCAUUUCAAUUAGUUCUCUUUUGAUCUCUCAGCCAUUUCAACUCCAGGGAACAGCAAGAGUUUCUGUCCUGGAAAAUCAUGGAGUUUUCUGGCACGUUGAUUUUAAUAGGGGCUGUCUUGACGUUACUGUAGCUUUUCAGCAUCAAGAGUCAUAGGCAACUUGCCUUACCUCUCGGACCCUCUGCCCUGCCUGUCAUCGGAAAUGUGCUACAAAUGGACAAAAGGGCCCCAUUCAAAACUAUGCUAAAGCUCAGUGAUAAAUAUGGCUCGGUGAUGACGAUGUAUCUGGGCCCCCAACGCACAGUGAUUUUGUUGGGGUAUGAUGCUGUGAAGGAGGCGCUGCUGGACCAAGCAGAUGACUUCUCUGGCCGAGGACCUAUCCCGUUACUUUUCAAAGCUUCCAAAGGCUACGGUUUGGGUGUUAGCAAUGGAGAGUGUUGGCAACAGCUACGAAGGUUUACCCUGACAACUUUGAGAGACUUUGGGAUGGGAUGUAAAGGAAUGGAAGAGUGGAUCCAGGAGGAGAGCAGUCAUCUGGUGGGCUGCAUUAAAAAGAUGAAUGCUAAACCCUUUGAUCCAACCUUCUUCCUGAGCUGCACCGUGUCCAAUGUUAUCUGCUGUUUGGUGUUUGGCCAGCGCUUCAGUUAUGAUGAUAAACACUUCCUAUACCUUCUGCAGAUCAUCUCAGACACCUUGAAAUUUGGCAGCAGUUCUCAGGGCCAGCUCUAUAAUAUCUUCCCACGGUUGAUGGAGUGGUUGCCAGGUUCACAUCACAAUUUGUUUGCCAAACUUGAGGAGAUGAGAGCAUUUAUUAUGAAUAAAAUCCAAGAACAUCAGGACACACUGGACGCAAGUUCACCCAGAGAUUACAUUGACUGCUUCCUCCUAAGACUCAAUAAGAGACCAUUCAGCAGGAAAUUGACACUAGUUGGACAGCGUUGCCCUUGUAUGGAAGACAAGAAGUCCCUUCCAUAUACAGACGCAGUCCUCCAUGAAAUUCAACGUUUUCUAGAUAUUAUCCCCUUGAGCAUCCCUCACUAUGCACUACAUGGCAUUUCUUUCAGGGGUUACACAAUUCCCAAGGAUACACUAAUUAUUCCCUUGUUGCACUCUGUGCUAAAAGAUGAAAAACGGUGGGCAACUCCACGGUCUUUUAACCCCCAGCACUUUCUGGACAACAAUGGGAACUUUAAGAAAAACCCUGCAUUUCUGCCCUUCUCUGCAGGAAAGAGAUCUUGCGUUGGAGAGUCUCUCACUCGCAUGGAGAUUUUCCUCUUCCUGGUGUCACUGCUGCAACAUUUCACUUUCUCUUGCCCUGGCGGGCCUGACAGCAUAGACCUCAGCCCUGAGUACAGUGGCUUUGCCAAUGUGCCUCGCAGAUACACAAUUAUUGCAACACCCCGGUAGUAAUGCUGAUUUAAACUAUAGUCUGGGUUUUCAAUCUUCUAAACUUUUAAGACUGAUAUCACUAGCUGUUAUGAUCAAUUUUCAUGCCCCGUGCUUCAGUGUGUUUUUCUGUCUAUAUAAAUUCUAUCAUCUUGUUUACAGCAUAUCCAAUGUUGUUCUGUGUGGUAUAUUUUCUUUUCCCACCUAUCUUUCCAUGAAAUCUCUUGUUUUUAAAGAAAGCAUCCUAAUCAUACAAUAAACCACGAGAAGAGAUCCAUAUGAAGUAAUUUCAUUGAUGAAUGGGAAAUGUUAUUAAUCAUUAUGUGAAAAGUUGCUUUGACCAGGAAAAAAAAAAAAGUAGGGCUGUUUAUAGUGUAUGGUAAACCCUGUCUGUCUACAGCACAGAUCACUGAACUAUAUAACAAGGAGUUAAAUCUGUAAUUUGAUAAGUUUGAGGUCAGGUGAUGAAUCAAGCCAUGUGUCAGGAUGCUGGUGUGCCGAUGCGUACUCCAGUGGAUGGCUGAGUAACAGUGGAUGCCUGCAUCUGACCUUAGGUAUCGCCAUUGAGACAGUGGCUGGAGUACAUUAAGAACCCAUCAAAUUAUUUAAAGUAUUGGCUUUCGUGGUGGGUUUUUAUUAAACCUUAAGACUGUGUGAGGAAGUUAAACAUCAAGUAUACAGGCUAAUAUCCAGUACUAAAUGCUCUUUUUUUGGUUUACAUUAACAACAUCAACAAUGUUUACAGAAUCUGAAGAUAGAUGCAUUUGUUUCUCUUAUAUAUGGUAAAAUGCUCAACUAUUUUAAUGUAUGAUUAGUAAUUACUGGAUGUAUCAGAAAACCAGUAUAGUCUUGUAGCCAAUUUGCAAUGGCACAGUGGUGACUACAAGACAUUUGUUUCAAUCUUGUAGAUGUAUCUUUAGCUAUGAUACGAACAGAUUGUGCAUUCUUUGCCCUAAUCUCAGCUCAUAAUAUAUAAACUAUUGUUUUUUGUAUGAAGAAUAUCGUUUAUAUCUAUAAGUAAUCACAGAAUUAAAAUCGUAUUUUACUUACCACAACAUUAACGUAUGUUCCUUCAAAUCAGCUUAUUUAAAUGAC